UCUCGAGAGAGGAUUGAUUAUUUUUGUUGUGACAGUGCUCAUCAUGGUGUUGCCUUGUUGAAAAAGAAAGAUGUAAUCCUCUUUUUAGUUAUGUAGCAAAGGUUACUACAAUGUUGCGCGGAAUUGGACAUGAAGUUCAAUUUUAGCGAAAGUUGGACAGGCACCCAAGUCAGGUACAUGUACAACCAACCUUAGAUCAAACCGGGUGGGAUGGAAUGAGAGAAUUCACAGAGGUGUUGCAAAAUGUCUAACGUAGACAUAGAAAUGAACAGGUCUGCCACUGGCACACCGACAUUUCGGGACGGGCGCAGCUCCAGGUCAGGAGUGAGAAGCGAGAGUUGCGGAGGACUCCUUGAACGUGACGACCUUCGCCAUUACAAACCACCGCGAAUGCCCCUACCUGGAUCGACUAGACGAAAGUAUCUAGAGAAGACGCAGCUCUCCACUGUCCACGAUGCGGCUAGCCGACCAGGUAUGUUCUCGCCUCGCGCCGACAAGAAAGGCGCACGUACGGUCACUGCCGAGCUGGAUGGUUCAGAAGCUGUGACCCUGUACCAUGGAGUCCGCCGAAAAUCCAGAUUGCCAUUGGGCAAACGAGUGACUCAGGUUGUUUUCAAUCGUGCCGAGCAGUUGAUCCUGACUGUUGAUGGCCUGGGCAUCAGUGAAUGGCGUGAGAACACCACCAUCUCAGUCCUAGAGCCCAGGCUGACCAUGCUGGCUGGUGUGAAGCGCUUGUUCUGUGCGUUGCAGAGUUCGCAGUACGUUGUAUUGUGCGAUGGAGCUGUACUCAAUAUUCUGAACUCCAACCUUUCGACCAUAUUCUCAGUCACCUCUCCACAUCCGUGCAGCAAUGGCGAAUACAACCAGUCAUUCCACAACAUGGUCAUGUGUGGCGGUCGUUCUAUACAGGUGUGGAACUUUGUCAGGCUGAACUCGGAGCUUAAGUUAUCCUCAACCAUCACCGUCCCCGCGAAUCUGCACCCGGACAAAACAGUUUCCUGCGUGCACCUUGAGCCGAAGAAGAGCCGCUCUCAGCGCUUGUUUGCCGUCGUCCAUCGCUCCAUUCUGGUGUACACAUUACACACUAAGGAUCUGCUACACACGCUGCGGAAUGCGCACACGCGGGAGAUCACAUGUGUGCUGUUCAAUCGCACACUCAGUGUCCUGUGCAGUGCAUCACGGGACGGUACAGUGAACGUCUGGGACGGGACGUACACAUUACAGCACUCGUUUUGCGGGCACAGCAGUGGCGUUGUCAGCCUGCAGCCGUAUCCGCACGGACCACUGGUCAUCAGUGCAUCCAGCGAUGAGACGAUUCGAGUGUGGAACCUUCUGAACGGCCUGGAAGUUGACAGGUUGCCAGUUGGACAUCCAGUGCAAGACCUGGCAUCUCAUGCCAAUGUAGAGAUGUUUGUGUCUAUCUCAUCUGUGUGUCUGGACACCUGGAAGAUGACCUACAUCUAUCAUCUGCUCACCCCGAUAGAUGUCAACACGGAUGACAUGUAUCUUACGCAGAACCCCGAGGUACCAAUUCGACUUGUACUGCACAGUGCUGACUCGGCUGUUCGACUCGUUUCUCCGGAGAGUGGCGACAUUCUGACAGCGGCCCUACUGGCCCCGGAGACCACCAUAGUGGCGUCGGUGUACGAAGCUCAGCAAGAGAGAUUGUAUGUACUAACUGGUGGUGGAACAGUGGAGCGAUUCGACACUUCUGAAAACUGUCCUGCAAAGAAACUGCUACCCUGGCCAAGCGACGAGAUCUCUGGCAUCACCGCGCUGUGUCUCUAUGAGUUUGUCAUGGACAAGGAAGCUGUGCUGGAGGCGACGGCCAACGACCGCUGGUUUUCUGUUGCUCUGGAUGCCGGCCACGCUGGCCAUCGAGGCAGUAUGGAGAACACGCUCUUACUCGCUGGCAACAACCAGGGCAAGCUGCUCGUGAUUGAUCAGCGGAAGAAGACGCGGGUAGCAUUCAGCGUGAAGGGUCACUCGGCUGCGGUUCAUCACUUCGCUUGCUCUCCGAAGCUGGACCGCCUUGCGUCAGGGUCACGUGAAGAUCGAUCUGUCUGCAUCUGGCGAGUAUUUCCCUAUUGCCAAGAUUUGCUAAGCCUGCUGCAGCGCAUCCCUCUUGUGCAUCCUCCGGCGCAUUUAGCUAUUUGUCAGCUAUGCCUCUGUGUUGUGUGUAACAAUGAUCGCACAAGCGACUACUCUCUGACGAUGUUUGACUUGAUGUCUGACAAGCGCUAUGACCAUUCUCCGGAUGUGGACCAUGCCGAUGGUAUCAUCAGCAUCAGCGCUCUGGACAGUCUUGGGCUGGUGGCUACGGCCAGUACUGGUGGAGAUGUUCGCGUCUGGACAGCUGGCAAUGAACUAGUCAGAGCUAUCCAUCUGAAUGCCGUGCCUGAAUCGCUGGCAUUCUGUAGCUACCAGGGUGACCUUGUAGUUGGCAUUCAAGGUCAUCUCUACAAGAUCGGCAGUUCUACUUACUUGCCACAGGAGAUGCUGAAGAUGACACUGGCCGUGAGCAUGGCCGUCAGUGGUGUGGAGUAUGCACGGCCCAUGGCCCCGUCGGUCGGCAGCAUGGAGGAGUGCGAUCGCCGUCGUCUUGUUGGCAUAGCAUCGUCAGCGCAGCGAUACACCCCUGGAGAUGUUAACGAUGAGACCGCAUCGCAGGAGGACACCGAAGAGUGGAGAGAAGAGCAGCUGCUGAAGCGACAGAUGGAGGCAGAGCUGUACGAGCGUGACCUUGAGCUGGAGCAGUUACGGGAUGGGACAUUUGUCUAUGAGCGAGAAAGAAUAAAGCUGACUGCAAAGCAGAAGAAGGCGGCAUGGAAGGCUUACUACAACCAAACCAAUAACGUAUUCUCUCGGCCGAACGCAGUGAUAUCGUCGGUGGACACGUUUGACUUUGAUGGCUCUUCAAAGAAGUUCUUCUCGACUGAAUUACCAGAACAACCCUCGGCAAGUGCUCUGGCCAGUGCUACCAAGUUCUUCCCACCAUUGACCACGUUUGAACCACCUUACCCAGUCGCACCGAGUGGUUACUUGCCAAACUCAGUCCUGCUGAAGGAGAUGCGAAAGUCGGCAGCCGACCAAGCGGCCGCCGACGAAUGGAAGCUCACGCCACUGACAGAAGAGCAGCUGGCGGCACUCUCUACUGUCAAGAAACCGAUCGUAAUACAGGAAGAAGAGGAAGAGGAGGAAGAAGAGCCACCGAAAGCCAGAACAGGACUAGCUGACCGGCUGAAAAAUGCCCUAUUGGCCAAACCGGACAAAAAGCCAGCUAAGGAGCCCACCCCGCCUCCCACUCCACCUCCAGAGCCGGUCAAGGAGAAGAAGAUCGUCCCCAAGAAGCCUAUUGUAAAGCUAGUUGCGCCCAAGGCAAAGCCGAAGACACCACCGCGCACUCCCACACCACCUAGGGAACCCACACCACCACCGCCACCUGAGAAAAUUCCCGAGUUCAUACGACGCCAUCUGUCAAAACCAUUCAUGAAGAAGUCCUUUCCAGACUCCAAUGAUUAUACCUUCCCGGCUCACCUCCUCAAAGUUGAUCCCUUCAUUCAGCAAUUGCUCAAGGAACUGGCUAAUGCUCCAUCGGUUCUCAUAAAAAUGGACAUUUUGGAGGUUUUGGUUGACCUAGCGGGGAUAGAAUGGCAAGACGAGCAAACCAAGCCGAUGCUUAUUGAUGCAUUGAUGUCACAGGUCUUAGCAAUCCCGAAGCCAGGUGAUUCACCAGCGGACUUCAACAAGUACCAGUCCAAGCUAAUCGAGCUCAUGAUCAAGUUGGGUGUGCCGCCGGACAACAUUGUUGCACAGCUGUCACUGCGAUACAUCACUGCCGGUGACAAGAAGAAUGUGUCACCAGCGUUGCAUCAGCUUGUUUUGCUCGGUCUUACGGACGAGAGAGGUUACUACGCUCGUGAGCUUGACUCCUGGACGGUUGAUGGAAAGUCUGUUGAAGGCCUUGUCAAGGCCAGUCAGGACCUGAAAAUCUGGCUAACCGACUGGAGCAGCAAGCUGGCUAUGGAGCAGCAGAAGAAAGGGAAGAGCCCGUUUUCACCUCCAGCUCCUGCUAAGGCAAGUCAGCAGCAGAGUAGCUCUGCUGCUAUCAACGCCAUUAACUACUUUGUCCGCUACACAAUACGCCAGGAGGAAUUAGAAAGGAUGCGUGCACUGAAGCCACCAAGUCCACGACCGCCACCACCGAAGCCUCCCACGCCUGAGCCGCAAACGAUGUCACGAGCCGUCGUUCCCUUACCGGACAUAGGCAUCACUAGUCUAGCUCGCUAUGGCAUAACACACUGCAGCAAGUGUCAUGUGGAAAGAGAAAGUACACUUCGAGAUGUGUUCCCGUUGCCUCCUAUCAACCAGGGCUCACGUCACCGUGACUGUGUGCUCCACGGAACAAGUCGAAUCAGAAUGCCCAUCCAGCCGAAAACCCUGGUCCUGGAGGAUUCCGACGACGAGGAUUCAGGUAUUGGCAGUCAGGCAUCGUCAACGGCAAGCAUCUUUGACUGCAAGAAGUACUUUGUACUGGAGCACACACUCGUGCCGGAGUUGAGACGGAGAUGAGCUUGUGUAGCUAUUCAACUGAUCGUCGAUAAUUAUACCGUAUGCAUGCUGGUCACGCAUCAGGUGCCCAGCAUCCUGCUGUUGUCCGCACGAUCUGUAGGAAACCGUGGCAUGCCUUAUUUACUCUCCCUGCGGUGUUUCCAAACAAGUCUGCUGUACUGCAUCGAUGUAUCAGUACAAACCUAGACGUUGUGGUACUCUCGUAAUCUGUGUACUCUUUUAUUAUCGAAGUAGUAUUGAGUUUCUUCUUGAGAGCAUGGCAUGGUUCUUGCACGGUAUCAUACCUCAAUGAUCUAACAUUGUCCAUGGCCUUGAUGACACAUUGAAUUGACCAUCCCAGGUAUCACAUCUGCUUACUUCAACAGUCAUGCUGGCAUCUGAGCAACUUGAUCUGCGUCUAUCCAUUCUCAACCAUUCUGUUUUCUAUUCAAAGUGUCGUGGACCGGAGUAAUAAAGUCAUACUGCUGAAAA